AUGGCCUUCGUCCAUCAGCCGGAAUUGGACCGCAGAGCGGCCCCCAGCAGCACUGACUUCCUGUCCACAUCGUAUGCAAGCUCAUCACCCACAAGCUCGAGCGUUCCUGAGGACUCUUCGCGCAGCUUCGAACGCCUGGAGAUUCAGAGCACCUUCUCAGGAUCCGGGCGAAAAAUUCGGAGGGAACACUUGGAGGUUCAUCACAGGACUCCAAAGAGCCGAGGAGGAGGAUGUGCCAAAGAGGAGGAGCUGAAGGACCGCGUCGCCUUUCGAGCAGGCGGCGUGGACGUCAGUCUGCGAGUUCGAGACAUCCCUUGGCUGGAUGAUGAGGAUGGCUCUUCCGCCUCUCCGGUGGACCUUGGCAAGGUGCAAAGGCUGCCCGCAGCGCUGGAACAGGAAGCCGAGGCCCAGGCUGCCAUGCGAGAGCGCGAGCGGAAGGCUGUACCAGCGAUUCGCCUGCCUGAGGAGGUGGCAGCCAAGAAUUUGGGAGCUCUCAGCGCACGCGGGUCAAGCCCUUCCAUGCGAGCGGAGGUCGAAGUGCAGACCGCGCGAGCCGCCCGCGUGCAGAAGGGCACGCCGGUGACCUUCUACCUCGAAGGGAGGCCAGAGCAGCUCUUUGGGAGGGUGCGCUGCAUUGAAUGCAAUGGCACCUACACGGUUGACGUGAUUGGCGGAGGACGCAAGGCUGGCCUGGACAUAGUGACGCCCUGCAGCGAAGCAGACCUGCAGAAGGCCCACAUCAGCAAGAGCCGGCCCUUCCAGACCAAGUCGGACCUCCCCUGGCGCUGCCUCCCCCGCACCCAGUCGAGCCCGGAGCUGCCGUCUUCAGAGAUCGAGGUGGGCACCCCUGUGGCCUUCUUCGCGCAGGAUAAGACGGUCUUUGGUCGCAUCCGAUCUGUUCAGGAUAAUGGUGUGUAUGUUGUUGACUUGGCCGGGGGCGGGAUCAAGGUCGGCGUCAACACAGCAACUCCUUGCUCGGAAGAAGAACUGGACAAGGUGGUACAGUCCAAGAAGGCAUUGAUGUAUCACCUGGACGCGUGGUCAGGGCGCCGCAGCGUCUGGCACCCUCUAGGCCAUCUGCGCGGAGGAGCCUGGUGGCACCUCGGAAGGACAGGUGGACCCAGAGGUACCCCACACUGA